UGGUACAACAAUUGCACCACAAAUACACACAAACACAAACACAAACAAAAAAAAUUGCCAUGAAGCCUACAUUAGUUACUACCCUUUGUUUCCUCCUCUUUUCCUUCACCAUCUACUUUCCAUUACCCUUUACACAUGCAAAUAAAAUUAUCGUCAAAGAUAUAUUUGGGAACCCCGUUGUUCCUAGUGGCAGCUACUAUAUUUGGCCUGAUUACUUAAUAAAUGGUGGUGAAUUGAGGCUUGGUGAAACAGAAAAUUCAACAUGUCCAUUUACUGUACUUCAAGAUUAUUCUAACCUUGGUCCUGGUCUGCCAGUAAAAUUUACCCCACAAAAUCAAACAAGUAGUGAUGAUCCCAUCACUUUAAUGUUGCCUAUUGAGAUUACAUUUGAAAACAAACCAGAUUGUGCAGAAUCCUCCAAGUGGUUGGUGGUUGAAGCAGAAAAUGAGUACCCUACACCAUGGGUGACUAUUGAUGGUACAAACAAGAAUGUUUAUGAUGGUUAUUUUAUGAUAGUUGGAUUCAAGAAGACGGGAUACCUUAUCUUUUUCUGUCACAAGUUAUUAUCUCCUACACCAGGUGUAUGUAUUUAUUUAAGUAGGAGGAAUGACGAAAAUGGAAUGCGUUUGGUCUAUGAAAUGGAUGGUGAUGCCUUAGGAGCGGUAUUCGUUAACGUUAAUGAUGCUGCUAGAGCUCGAAGAUCAUCGGUACUUAAGAAGGACCACGCAUUUAGGCUACCUAUGAUCUGAAUGCGUGAAUGUGUGUUUUCUUUUGCCCGUUUCUAUGUCUUUUCUUCUGUUCUUGCUUGAAAUGUUCUGUUUUUUUCUUUAUUGUUUCUUGUUAUCUUCAUCCAUGUAGUGAGUUUAAGUACGCUUUGUAAUCAUAUCUCAAUUUUAAUAAAUUAAAUUUGCCACUAUUCAAUUAGA